AUGGUGCACUACAAGCUGUGGUAUUUCCCGGUGAGGAAUCUGGCCGAGGGCUCGCGCAUGGUCCUGCAUUAUGCGAAUGUGCCGUUUGAGGACUUCCACAUUCCUUUCAAUGAGUGGCCAACGACUUAUAAGAAUAGUAAGCCAUUACUGUUUAAUUUUCUUGAACUUUAUUGUAAUAAAGUUAUGAAUUUAUAGAGACGCCGUAUGGAAAAAUCCCAGUCCUGGAGGUGAAUGGAAAGCCAUUGUGCGAAAGCUCAACGAUUCUUAGGUUCCUCGCCAAGCAGUAUGGUAAGGAAAACGUGAAAAAAGGAAGACCACACUUGCGGGCAACCACUUUGCGGGCAGCUAGAAGAACCAAUGAUUUUCUGAAAAACCUCGGCGAGUUUUAGGGGUUUAGGUCAAAAAUAAUUCUUCAAAACUUUGGGAAGGCAUUGAAAGGCCAAUUCAAAAUACAUUUUUUUGAAACUCAAUUGGCUGAAAACGGCGAGUCCCAGCUCAAGAAAACUCUAAUUUUUUUGAAAAUCGGCCCAGUCUCCGCGGAGAAAUCCGAAGAAAAAAGUUAUCCGUUUCUACUGGCCCACCCUGUACAACAGGAAAUCCAAACGAUGGAUUUGGCAGUUAGAUGUAGCAAAUUAAGUUUUCAGGUCCAUAAGUGGCUUAAAUAGUUACCACAAGAUUAAACAGCCAUUUCUAAUGUUUCAGAAACCAUUUUUCUGAAAACAAAUUUCCAUAACUUUGAAAGUGGUGGAUGAAUUCAAUAGAUUCGUAUGUUUAUCAAUACCAGGGAGACGUCAAUGCAAAAUUUCAAAUAUAUUUACUACAUAGAUUACGGGAAAAAAUCGUAAUUCUAAUCGGAAAGGGCCGGCUGCCCGCAAAGUGGUUGCCCGCAAGUACAUAUAAUGCUGAUUCUACAUACAGUGAGCGACCUGAUCCAAUGGCAAAAAACGUUCCAUUUUGCAUCCAGAAAGUAUCACAAAAUGUAGCAAAAUACCUCCCUCUCCAAGUGCAAAAACUCCGAUUUCACUAAUGUAAGCCCGCACGCUCUUUUUGUGAGGGAAAGGGCGCGCCCUUCAAAACAAAGUUUUUUCACUUGUAAGGAGAAGCAUUUUGCCACAUUUUCUGAUAUUUCCCGGAUGCAAAAUUAUACGUUUUUUGCCACUGGAUUAGGCCCUUCACUGUAAAUGGGAAGGCCUAACUUUGGCCCACUUCCAGGCCUCGCCGGCAAGAACCGCUGGGAAAAAGCGAAAGUCGACGAAAUCCUCGAACUCCACAAAAGCGAGUACAACGAAAUAAUGGAGUGGAUAAUGGUCACCACCGGCUUCAAGGAGGGCGACAAAGACCGCCUCUUCCACACCAUGGCCAAGCCCGUCUGCGAGCACUACUUCAACAUAUACCAUCGUAUCUUGAAGGAGAACGGAAGCGGGUUUUUGGUGGGCAAAAAACCAACCGCUGCCGACUUUUUCGUGGCGGAUUACCUGCACACGCUUCACAACCUGAAGCCCGAACUCUUCGAAAAGCAUCUCGAUUUGGUCGGGUUUGUGAAACGGAUCUACUCUCUACCUCAGCUGAAGGCGUACAUCGAGAAACGCCCAGAAACCCCGCUUUGA